CGAGGCCCAAAAGCAUCUUACCGGCUCACCGACUUCAUAAUACAACGGACCCUUGGGACGGGCUCCUUUGGUAGAGUACAUUUAGUCAGGAGCAAACACAAUCUCCGUUUUUACGCCAUCAAAGUGUUGAACAAAGAGAAGAUUGUUCGGACGAAACAAGUCGAGCAUACCAACAACGAGAAGAUGAUGCUUGAAGCAGUUCAACAUCCCUUCAUCGUCAAUCUUUG